CUGCACGCAGCAAAUAUAAUAAAUAAAAAGAAGAAAAAAGCAAGAAGAAGCUCCCAGGUUGUGACACUGAAAGUGGCUUAGUAAUGGGAUCCGAUGACCUCAGCACGGGCGAUAAAAUCCAAAAGGGUUUCCAGAUCAACUACAUGAUACUGCGCGACGCGGACACCGGCAAGGUGAUCUGGCAGGAGAAUAAGGACUUUUCGGCACCCGAUCUCGAGCACGAGGCUCGAGUGCCCGUCAAAAUACUCGACAUGCGAGCGGUGUCCCGAGAAAUUAACUUCAGCACAAUUGAGGCGAUGGAGAACUUUCGGCUCGACCAGAAGGUCCUCUUCAAAGGUCGCAUCAUGGAGGAAUGGUUCUUCGAGAUGGGCUUCGUCGGCGCCAAUACCACCAACACCUGGCAGAGCACCAUUGAGGCGGCGCCCGAGUCGCAAAUGAUGCCCGCAAAAGUCUUAAAUGGCAAUGUGACAAUUCAAACCAGUUUCUAUGACAACGAAACACUCAUCACAAAAUCGGUUGUGCGUUUGUACUACAUAUAGAUAGAAAUACACGAAGUUGUGUGGGCGAAUAUAUAUAGAUACACGAAUUCACACUCAAAUACACACACACAAUACACAUUCACCCACUGUCAGGUGUUCGUCAUAUAUAUAUUGAUCUUCUGCUGCUGCUGCUGGUGUUCAUUCUUCUUUCUGCAUUGCUGCGAACGAAAAAAGGAAAAUUCAUGAAAUGUUCUAAAGCGAAUUGAUUUUCAGCUUGCCAAAAUGAGGUCAAGCUUUGCAGAACCAUUUUUUGCAUUUCUAUGCAAUUGUUUUUUGUUUUCCUGUGCUUUGUUUAUAAGCUAGUGGAAAACAUAGUACAUUUAAAUUAAACUAGACU